AUGACCAGUGCUGUGCCCUACAUCGGCCGCAAGAUCAGCCUUGUCUCGAACUCGGAGCUCCGUUAUGAGGGUGUCCUCUACACCAUCAAUACGCAGGAGUCGACCAUCGCCCUGCAAUCCGUUCGCUGUUUUGGCACCGAGGGCAGGAAGAUGCCCGAGAUCCCGCCCUCCAGCGAGGUCUACGACUUCAUCAUCUUCCGUGGUCAAGACAUCAAAGAUCUCACGGUGCUGGAGGGGCAAGGGAAGGCUUCCAGCGCCACCGACCCGGCGAUUGUGUCAGUGAACCAACGGCCAACAGGAAAGGGCCUCAAGGGGGACGCCUUGGCAGGAUGUGAGGCGGUGACGCUCCGAGAGCGGCUCUCUUCCAAGUGCCACUACUUUGUGCACUUCGGCAACUGCCUCGUGCUGCUGGCCAUCAACCAGACGGACAUGCUGCAGCUGCGGAUGCUGUCAGUCACCGCUUCGCUGUUCGGCAUGGCCUACAACCUGCUGCAGCCCACGCCUCUCCUGGCGCCGGCCGCAUGGGGCGGCUUCUUCAUCUGCUGCCACCUGUACUACAUCGUGCAGCUCUUGCGGGAGCGUGCGGGCAUUACCCUGGACCCGGACCACGAGGCGGCCUAUGAGAUGGCCUUCAUGCCCUUUGGCUUCACCCCGCGCCAGUUCCUUGACCUUUGCCAGGUGGCGGACGCUCAGAUCCAGGACCUCAGCUGCGGCGGCUACUUCGCGCGCAAAGGAGAGCCCAUGGACAAGAUCAACUACCUCAUGGAGGGUGAGGUCAUGCUCAUCAGCCACACCGAGGAUAAGAUGGCGAACAUCUCCGCGGGCCAGGGCAGCUGGCUGGGGGAGUUCUUCGACCCCGCUAUGGCGAAGGAUUACUGGGAGAAGCCCAGGAACCACCUGGUGUCCUUUAAGUGCAUCAGCCGCCGGUGCCGCAGCCUUGGGCUGCAGCGACGAUCUUUGCAAGAGGCCAUUGCCGCCUCUCCGCGGCUCACCGAGGCCGCCACGAAGGGGCAGAUCAAGGAUUUGUGGGGAAAGCUGCACGGCUCCCACCGAGAGCACCGGCGCAACACCUACUGCGCCAUGCUGGAAUUGGCUUUGGCGGAUGGGAAGGUGGAUCCCACUGAGGUGGCGCUCCUGGAAAAUUGGAAGUCCCGGCAUGGCAUCCCCGAGGAGGAUCACCAGAUCAAGCUGGCAGAGCUGGGCUGGACCCCCGAGGAGUUCGCGAACGGGCGGCGCAGCGCAACUCGCCGCGCUCCGCCGCUGCCCAGCUACAGGAAGGGCGCGCCAGCAGCACCCGCUGCGACUCCUGCGCCCUGGGCCGUUGGCAAAGCGGAGCGUCCCAGCUGGGAGAAGGGCGGCCGUAUCCGGGGCGAGGAGUGGCCGCAAUGGCCCCAGGCCGCGCCGGCCAGGACUGGCAAAGGUUGGGGCAAUGAGAAGGGACAGUCCGGAGGAGGCUACGGCAGUGGAUACAGCGGCUGGGGCGGCUAUGGCGGUGGCUACGGUGGCAGCUACUCGGGCUACGGCGGUGGCUACGGCUAUGGUCAGGCCCGCCAAGGGGGGUACCAAAAAGCAGAGGGCAAGGGCAAGGGAAAGGGGAAGUAUGAAAGAGAUAGAGGUGGGAAGGGGGGAAAGUUCGGAAAAGAUGGAAAAGGCUUCGGAAAGAAGGGCGCCCGCCACGAUGGCGCCCCCGUGGGGGAGUUGGUGCCAGAGGAGAAUUCGUCCACCAAGCGCGAGUGCGCUUCGGAGUUUGACCUGACCUCCGCCAACGAGAGAUUCGCAAAGCUCGAGAAGGACGAGACAGGUGUCGACCUCAAGCCCCUGGAGGGCUAUGACAAGACCAAGUCCUUCUUCGAUUGCAUCUCCUGCGAGGCCACAGAGAGGGCAGGCACGUCGGAAAGACAGAAGAUCGACCGGGAGAAGGCCCGGGAAUUCGACAAGGAGACCUUCGGCGAUACGCGCCGACCGCCGCGUCCCACUGGGGGCAAGGGGCGACGGCGACACGGCUAA